CUCCGAGCCUCAGACACAAUGAACCGUCAGACGGUGAGGGGCAUGCAUGUCGGGCCCGAGGUAUUAGCACGGUUUUAGCACAUUAUUUUUUACUAACUGUGCCUUUCCCCGGGUUUACUUAGUAUUUCUGAACUACUGAUACACUGUAUGGAGGUAAGGAGGCUCGGCUGGAAGCGGUUGGUUCGUCGAGUUCGAUGAAAACGAGGUCGGGUUCAGGCUAACGUUCGCCCUCCUGCUGGAUCUUUCUCUUUUUGUUCGUUAUUUUUUUCGGGCUAAAGACAACGUCGAUAACAAUGUCGCUGACUGCUUCGUCUGAUUACUUCGCCGCCGAGUGUCUGGUGUCGAUAUCUAGCGGUCCCGUCCUGCACAGACCCACCCCGGUCGCCCCCGCCAGCCAGCCUGCCACGGUGGGCCUUCUCCCCGGGGAGCCCGACGGGUCGAGCGAGGACAGGGAAGUGCGGGAGACGCUGCGGCUGGAGGGAGCCAGCAUGAUGGCGGUGGCCGGUAUCCUCACCGACCUGCACGGCAAGUUCCGCCCCAUGUCGGCCUACUCGGAAAGCAGCAACUCCUCGUGUGGUGGGGAGAGCGGCUACACCACGUUGUCCGACCCGACCACCCCUACCAUGACCCCCUCCGCCACCCCGAUCCCUGGACAGCAGCAGCAGCCGCUCAGGGGGGCAGCGGGAGGCGGAGCGGUGGGGGCCCCGCGGUCCCCGGUGAAGCGACAUCAGUGCACUUUUGACGGAUGCGACAGAGUUUACGGGAAAUCAUCCCACCUGAAGGCACACAUCCGGACACACACAGGUGAGAGGCCCUUCCCCUGCACCUGGCCCGACUGCGAGAAGAAGUUUGCCCGUUCCGAUGAGCUCGCCCGCCACACCCGCACCCACACAGGGGAGAAACGCUUCCUGUGCCCGCUGUGCGACAAGCGCUUCAUGCGCAGCGACCACCUGAUCAAGCACGCCCGCCGCCAUCCCGACUUCCAGCCCUCCAUGCUGGGACGCAACAGGGGCGCGUCCUCCGCUUCUAACCUCGCCACGCACGAUUAGGAUGGUCUGGGUUGAGGGGGAGAUUAUUCCUGUGUACUGGGGUCGACAGGAGCACAGAAGGUCACGUUGGUUUCAAGCGAACCAGCUACAAUCAGAUCCACUGAUUAGGAUUUAGCAUGGCUGCCUUUUACUCCAAAAUGUGCACAUACACACUUAAAAGCCAACACACACAGCGCUGGAUGUGAGGGGGAAGUAGCCUCGUCUCUCCAUCCACAAAGACGAGUCAUGUGACCACUAUCCACUUGCUCAUCAUAACUAGGGUUGGGUUCUUUCCACAAAAUUUGAUUGGGGUUUGCAGAGAAAUGUGCUUUCUGAUUCCAGUUCUCGUUUCCUGAAAGCAAGAGAUUGGACCUACUGCGCUUCCAUUUACGUCGCCUGUUGCACAUGUUUCAAAGCAUGUGUGUAAUUUUUACGAUAUAGCAGACUGGAGUGAACUUUUAGUGUUGCUAAGCUUCACAGAAUACAGUAGAAUGUAAUCACUGUAUGCAAAUAAUUACAAGAAAGUCAGUAAAUAUGAAGACAUAUUUACUAUGAUGUUAUAUGAAUGCAGGUUUUCCUUCAUGUCCUAUGUCGACGGUAGUGACAGUAAAAUGUCAGAUAUUUUUACAGAUGAGAUAACCAGAUAAUUACUGGUUAUGAUUAUUUCACUGAAUUAAAAUCAAGUUAAAUCAAGGUACUCUCACUGAUAUAAAAAGAAAUAUGUGAAACGAAUGCCAUAAAGAGCAAAAAACACAGGUGCCACAGCAGAUAAUUGUUUGUUGUUUUCACCAAAAAUAAAUCACAAAAUGCCUCUUUUUUUUUAUCCCAACAUUAUGGCACUAUAUUUUUUUCUUUCAAGAUGCUUUGGUUUUGUUUUUAGGAUUCGAUAAGAACCAGAAUCAUGAAGCAGAUUUCAGUCGAUACGAUACACCCAACCCUAAACAUAAACCUCCGUGUCUCACACACUUUCACAAGUUGCAGGGAUUUUUCACAUAUUUUUCUGUAAAAAAAAAAAAAAAAAAACAAAUCAGCACAUUUGUCAUCAUCAGCCAAAACUCUUCUGGUUUCUUGUGGUUAAUUUGUAGAUUGUUGUUGUGCUCUUCAGUACCCUUUAUUUACAUGAGUAGCACAAUAUUGUGAUAUUAGGUAGCGAGGCAGUGGCUAGAAGCUUUUACCUUUCUUUUGUUUGUUUUAGCUUUGCUGAUUCUAAGUUUUAGUGGUGACACAUUCCUUUGUUUUUUUUAUUGCUUUAGUAUCCAUAAUCAUUGAGGCAAUUUUGUCAGUUUUUUUCCUGUAUAUCCAAUUUAACUAUAGAUCAAAUAUUAAUUUUGCCAGGAAGUGGAUCAAAUUUCACUGUAGAAGAGCUGUUUGCACGCUACCUUUAAGGCUAGAUCAGUUAUCAUCCAUGAAAUGCUGACACAUAAUACACAGCAGUAUUAUGUCUAAUAUUGAUGCAAAUGUCUUUAAGCUUUAAGCUUUUAAUGUAGAAAAAUGGCAAUGCUACUAGCAGCAGAAUUAAUACUUGUGACGAAUUGUAGCCUUAUAUUAGGGGUAUCUUUAUACGCUUGAUAGGACAGCAUUGCUUGUGAGUCUCGGUGUGUAUGUUUUUUUUUUUCUUUUUUUGGUUAGUGGCAGAACUGGGAAAAGUGUGUUUGCAAUAGUAUCAAAAUAUCCGGGGGAGGGGGGGACAGACCACAGGAGUCCAGCUUGAUUUUUUUUUUCAGCCUGCUGCCUUCAAAGUAAAAGCGUUCACUUCACUCAUCCAGGAUGUGAAGUCAGGUGGCAAAAUACAGAUGUGUGCCAGGUGUUUCAUUUGUUUCAACAGCAGAUAAAGCUGAGUUUUACAAGUAGCAUCAAGGGAAGAAAAUCCUAUUAUAACUGUUUGCGGAAAUCAAAAUUAUUGGAAAAUUUGGUGGUAGACAUUUUAAUGUGUGAACACAACAAAAGCUCCGGUGUUACUAAUAACUGUAACUGUGGCCCUACUUUGUCAUUUAACCAGCAUGCACCAUGUUAGUUGGACUAUAGGAAUUGACCGAUUUGUUUUUUAGGGCAGAUAAUAGAAAUUAUCAGGAACCACUGAGAGUGCUAACUGAUAUUUGCUACCAAUAUACAUGGCAAACGCGAACUCCACCCCAGCUUCAUUGGCUAUAACCAAUCAUGGGCAGGACGCCGAGACCACGAAGUGGUAAAGACAAAUAGAGAGAGGUGGCUGUAUCAGCCUUUUUAUUUUAUUAAUGUGAUUUGAAAUUUGUUGGAAAAAAAACGGAAAAAUGCUAAGUAUUGGAUCCGAUAUUUGAUCAGUCUGGUAACUGGUCAGCACCUCGGCAGGCUGUUAAACAGCAUCAUUUCAACAAUCACGUUUGCCAAUAUAUCCCCGGUGUGAGUGCAACAUGACUUUAGGAUUGGAUUUUCAGCAAGUUUAUUUAUAGAACAUCUUGUGAAAAAGACUACAUAGUCACCUAUUAGGGAUUAUGCUAGUUUUAAACUGGGCAAAACUGGCUAAUUGAAGGACAGCUCCUCCCUUUGCAGCUUCUAAAUGAACAAGCCGCCAUUAAAUUAUUGGGGAGCACAACCGCAUUCGGAGAGUUUGGUCUCAAACACGACUUAUCUUUUCAACACCAGUCAAUCAACCACCACUAAAGACGGCACCACGGCCCUCUUUAGUGGUCUGAUAGACAUUGGUGCAACCAGAACAUCCUUAAUGCUGGUGGUUCCUGUUAGUAAACGCUUUGAAUUGCGCUUUACAGGUCAAUUAUUUAGAGUUGAAUUCCCUAACAGGUAGACUUUUAAAUUAGCAAAAUACAAUGAUAAUAAUCCCCCCAAAAAUUCCACCACUGAUAACCAAUCUAGGCAUCCAGUCGUCCAACCCUACUGGAGAAAUACUAAUGAAAGGGUUGCAGAUUAGUUCCACCUGUGGUUAACAAGAAAAAGUGUCCGCUUUGACAAACAAAUGAGAAUUUUAACAAACUGUUCAGUACAUUUAAGCAAACUGGCACCUCAACAUCUUUAUCUUGCCAAAACAUUGACUAAUGCUCUUGCAUUUCAGGAAUUAUCCCUCAAAAGAAUCACCUUUUACCAAAUCAAGCAAACCUCAAGUAAUUUAGAUAUUUAGAAUCUUUUUGAGUGCUUGCUAUGUCCAGGUCUGACUCUAGAGAGGUUGAGUUCUUCUUUUUUUAAUGUUUCCACACUGUUUGUCCCGCUCAUGGACAUAUUCCUUUAUCUCAGUGAACAACACUUUUUCAGGAAACUCUGAAAGCCUUAAACUAUGUCAUAACUACUUUGCACCAUGUUUACAGUUGAAUCAUUGUAUAGGUAUCAAUGCUCUCCUGCGAGGACAUUACAGAAACUCAUUAUGCAAUAUGGCACUUUUUUCUUAAGGUGUAUUUGGCUGAAUAGUGUAAUGGCUUGCACUGUUACUAUGUUUCUACAAGCAAGCACUGUGUAACUUUGCUAAUGUGUUGAUAACCAAUGGUUUGUAAAAAGAAAAAAAACUGCCUUUUCCAAGUGCUUUAGACAGCGUGAUAAAAGAACUGGGUAGUUGUUUUUAUUUAGAUUUUCAUUUUAUAUAUAUACAUACAUAUAUAUAUAUAUUGUUUGCUUAGUCAUCCAGGCCAUCUCUUGUUGUGGAAUUUGUGUUUAUUUUCUAGACACUUCACGGUUGUUCCUAGAUCUGUUGUUGGCUUUGUCUCCUCCACGCUACGAUCAGAGAACGACUGCAAAUGUCUUCCUCAUACACAUCAAACCACCUUCACAUGCCAGUUCACUGUUGGUUUCAUUUUAAUGGGAGCUGUACUCGUUGAAAUGAAUGCUUUGAAAUUUUGUACACAUUUCUUCCUCUGGAUCUGUUUUCGGUUGCUGCUGGCAGUAAUCUUAAACACAUGGACUGUUUAACAAAGGAACGCAAUAUGGUUGUUUGUUUUUUUUUUAUUUUAAAAUGGAAAUAUGUCCUUCCAUCUCUCCUCACUGCUGCAAGUGUCGUCUGACACAGACUCUCAAAGCUAUAAUAUCACCAAAACUACAUACCUCACAGUUUUUUCUCUUUUUUUUUGCAGUGUCUGUACAAAAUCCAUCCAAACUGUCUCUCAGAAAUUCCUAUAAAGCCAUUGAGCCUUGGAUUUCAGAAAUGUGUUUUUAUCAGCUAGAUGGUCUCUUAUGUACCUUUAUCCUUACUGACUCAAUAUGCAACAUCAGUACUACCUGUGUAGGAGCAAAAUUAACUUUUUUUCCCCCUGCCUCAAUGAACUUCUAUUGCUAAUAGUAGUAAAUGCGCCAACUGUCACUAAAGCCCAGCUGCUGUUGAUUUGCAAAGCAGAUAGACUGGCAGCUGGUGGGAGCAGAAGCUGAAAAAGAGGAUGUUGAAAUAGUAUAAAGUAGAAAUUACCUGUAGACUGUCGGCUCACUGAAAAUAUGAAAUGGAAAAAGCUCAGUCCAAAUCUAUUCGUUCGUAUCACUGAAUGUGGCUCGAUGACAGCCGAGCGUUAUCCAAUUAGGAUUUAGUUUUUGCUGCGCUGACUCGCUGAGAAAAAAAAGAAAGAAAUAAAAGCUGUCAUUUCUCUCGUCACCACACUAAUUCAGAUAUGCACAUUGUACAGAAGUGGAUGUUUUUUUAAAUUGAUGCCUAAUUUUUACAUUCAUGUAAUUUUUAAACAAUCCUCUUAUCAAAGCUUUAGUUAAGGUAAAUAGGAGGAACUGUGGAACUAAAUAAUUGCUGCAACAAGCUGUUUUGAUAUUUAUAUUCUCAGGUGUCUUAAAUUUCGAGCAUUGGAGUUUCAAUAUUUCCUGUGCAACACCGAAGUACAAGCAUGUUUUUAUUUCUUUUGUUAUGCUGAUUAAUUUAUUACGUAUCAAAAAAAGGUAUCAUUUGUGUGGUUUAAUUAUUCUCUUCAUAACUCAUUUUGUGAUAUGGAACAGUACUAAUAUUAAAUGGUUCCAAUGUUUGCUUGA